GUGGCUGCCUUCCUGCCUGCGUCGCCGUCCGUCUCGGCCGGGCUUGACCUGAGCGCGAGCCGGAGCCCCCUUCGGCCCUUCUGAAGCCUGCCUGAGCCUGAGACCCCUGCGGUGGCUUUCCCGCGUCGGCCGUAUCCGGUGUGGGGGCCCACGCCGCGGAGAAGGAUUCCGUGGGGAGGGAGGCCGGAGGCGACGCGCGAGCGCGAGGACAAAAGGCGCCUCGCGUCUCCGCGACUCCUCCCGCUUCCCCCCAGUCUACUGCGCGCCAUUUCCUGCGCCCCUCUACUCUGCUCGGCCUCAUCUUCCCUGCGCUGCGCAGCGCCUCUGCCCCCUCGUGCAGAGCAAGCUACGCAGAACAGCAAGCCACCAAAGAGACAUAGCAUCGCAAGCGUAGCACAGUGCACGCCGAGGCAGCCUCUCUUUGCUGUCGUCCUGCAUUCUUCUCAUCCUCUGUAAGCAGAGGCCAUGGGGCGGCACAAGUUCCGGCUGUCCGACAUGAUCCCGAACGCGUGGUUCUUCAAGCUCCGCGACAUGCGCGCGCGGGGCGGCGGCGCGGCGGCGGCCAGCCCGCGCGUGGCGGCCGCGCACGCCGCGUCGCGGCCGCUCCCGAGCACGCCGAGGCACGGCGGCGGCGCGUGGCUCCCGCACAGGGCGUCCCACUACUACACGCCGCGGGCGGGGGACAUCGUCCUGGGAUCAUCGCCGCUCCACCCCAGGGCCUCCGACACGCGCUUCCCGCCGCUGCAGCUAUCGCCGCCGCGCCGGUCUUCCAGGCGGCGCCACCACCGGAGGCGCUGCGUCAAACUGGCGGCACCCUCCUCGGUCAGCAGCAGCAGCGGCGUCGCGUCCUCGCCGGCCUCGGCCGCAGGGUGCCGCUGCUGGCGCCGGCCCGAGCUCGUGGCGGUCGAGGCGCCCGACACCCCACCGUGCCGCCGGGACAUGUUCGUCGGUUACAGCAGCGACGAGGACCUGAAGAAACCGACGCUUGCCGUCCGUGCCGACGACAAGCUCGACGGCAAGGUGUUCACUUCCGCUACGGAGAUCAUCAUCGACCUGCGGACCAAGAGGAGGCCGGAAAGGACGCUCCCGCCGAUCACGACCAAGCCGGCGAGGAAGGAGCCCGACGGCUGCGAGCUGGAGGACAAGCACAUCGACGUCCUGAAACACGCGACCCAGCGAACACCUCCUGCUCCCGAGCAGAGCAAGCUCAAGCCGAGACGAUCCGUGUCGUCGGCGCGCCGCCUCAAGACGCGCGCCAACACCCCGCGCAUCGCGUCGCCCAAGAAGUGCAAGCCACCCGCGACGACCCCGCGCUCGCCGACGCCGGCGCGGACCAAGCCGCCGCCCCUGGCCGAGAGCUUCGCGGUGGUGAAGUCGUCGCGGGACCCGAGGCGGGACUUCCGGGAGUCGAUGGAGGAGAUGAUCGCGGAGAACGGCAUCCGCACCGCCGCCGACCUCGAGGACCUCCUCGCGUGCUACCUGGCCCUCAACGCCGCCGAGUACCACGACCUCAUCGUCGAGGUGUUCGAGCACAUCUGGGUCACGCUCACGGACGUCAAGAUGUAGCGGAGCUCGUGCAAAAAUGCAACGCGCUCUUUGCAUGGUGACUUCAACGGCUCCCAUCGUGCCAAGAGUGGUGGCUGCAACUCGUAAUUAGAAUCCUGUUACUGGUCCUAAAUUAGCAUGCAAAUAUUUUUCCAAUCCUGUGAAACUACGAUGCUGUUCUUCCCUUUGCCUCGAUGAUACUGUAGCAGUUGGCUGUGCCUAACACCUGUGCACUGUAAAGAUGCUGAACCAGGUAAACAGUAACUGUAACUGAUAUGGUCUGGGUGUGUGGUACUAAACUGGGAAUCAACUCUGGUGUAUGCUGCUCCAUAAAAAAAAACUCGGGCACAUGCUACAUGAGCUUCAAUGGUUAGAAAAAAAAUUCUUCGCACUGUUAAAA